CUGCACUACGGGACACUCAUGGGCAGCAGAGCUUGUGUCCAAAUGGCAGCAGCUGCCUGGGCCAGUGGUUUUCUCAAUGCAGUGCUGCACACUGCGAACACAUUUUCAAUUCCACUCUGCCAAGGCAAUGCUGUGGAGCAGUUUUUCUGUGAAAUCCCCCAGCUCCUCAGGCUCUCCUGCUCUGACUCCUGCUUCAGGAAAGCUGGGGUUACUGCGGUUAGUUUUUGUGUAGCUUGUGAGUGCUUUGUGUUCAUUGUGCUGUCCUACGUGCAGAUCUUCAGGGUCGUGCUGAGGAUCCCCUCUGAGCAGGGCCGGCACAAUGCCUUUUCCAUGUGCCUCCCGCACCUGGCCGUGGUCUCCCUGUUCAUCAUCACUGCAAUGUUUGCCUACCUGAAGCCCCCCUCCAUGUCCUCCCCAGCUCUGGAGCUGGUGGUGGCUGUUCUGUGCUCAGUGGUGCCUCCAACACUGAACCCGCUCAUCUACAGCAUGAGGAACAAAGAGAUCAAAGAGGCACUGAGGAAAUUGAUUCAAUGUGUAGUAUUUUACCAGUCAUAG